CUGAAUUAUUCAUUUCAUAUUAAUUAUCAUUAUCUUUUCCUUUCUUCUCCGUCGCCCCGUUUUUCACAGGCAACGCUCUCCAUCCUUUCUCUGCGUUUACGUUCGCUCCAGAUCUCCCUUCCAUGUCGGUUCCUCACGGCGGGUGGUUCUUGUCUCCGUGUAGAUCUUGCAUCGAUCUACCCUCUGAUGGUCAUUUCAGCGGCUGAGAUGUUCGUUUCCGACUUCUUUCCUACACGAACACAGAUCUGUUCUAAAGAUCUCGAACAGCAGGGCCUGUGCAGAUCUGGUCAGUUUGUUGCCUGUGAUGGCGUCGACGAUGGCAAAGCAGGUGUUUCUGUUGGCAGAUCGAGAUCCAGCCGGUGGUUUGAGGUCAGAUCCGUGGUUGCCGGCGGAGCAGUUGAAGGUUGAAGACUUUUGUGUGUUGUGGGAUGAUGUAUAAGAUAUGGGAGGACGAAGGGCGCUGUGUUUCGGUAGCCUGGUGGUCCUGGUUAAUAUCUUUGUCAUCCGACCUUUGCCAUGACGGGUGCGCUCGCUUGGCAGGUCACCCUAUUGAAUAAAAAAAGGAAACCUUUUUGUGUUCAGAGGGAAGUUCGCACGGGGGAUUUUGCCCGGGUUCUUCCCUUCUGAUGUCUCGUGUCUUCCUUCUCUCUCUCUCUCGGUCGUCUCUGUUUCGAUAAAACCAACUGUCCUCCAAGCUUUCGCUCGUUACCAUUGCCAGAGAAUUCCAGAGAGGUUGUUUAGAAGGCGCAAUCAGCAUCCAAGUAAGAUCCUCUAUGCACGAUCAUUUCAGCUCGCACAAGGUACUUCCUAUCCAACCAGGUGACUCCAUUUAUUCCGCCUUUUUCGAGUUCCGUUUCCCAUACUAAUUCGUAAGUGUUUGGAUUGGUGGUUAAUUAUACCGUACUCGUGGAACCUAAAAUUACUUCAAAUCUUUUGCACAAUUGGCAGUUGUUAAAACGUUGGGAUCUCGGACUUGGGGUACUAGGUUAUUGUAAAUAUUGGUAGAUUAAAAUCCCCUUUAUCUCAUCGCUCCAUAUUCUCGUAGAGGUAGAAGAACAAACAUGUGAUGAUUUCCUUUUUUUUUGUUCUUAUUUCUCUGUGCUGCGGCCUUGAGAUGAUUUCUCUUGAUUAGCUCUUACUCUUAGUGGUUAUCGGUCAUGUGAUAAUUAGCUCUUUCAAGCAAUUCGCUACUUUGUAUAUGUAGUUCGUUAGAUCAGUUGUUUCGAUUGAAGUGGUGAAGCUUCAAUGGCGGGGAAGAUUUGCAACUAGUUGCAGAGGACAUAACCCUGGAAGUCUUCAUUGAGGUGACCGUGAAUUUGAAUCCCAUCUUGUAACUGCGUAUUAUGAUACAUGAUAAACCUGCCAUCUGAUUAUAUUUCAUUCUUGGUCAGCUUGUUAGUGGCGCUGGCACUACUUUGUAGGUUGUUUGUCGAUUGUCGGCCGAGUACUCGUUAGUACAGGAAUUAAUACAGGAAUUUGUGUAUGGGGUUGGAGAAGCAAUCAACCUUCUGAGUUAAGUGUUGAUUCUGCCCGUGUAUUAUGCGAAUUUGGUCUUGCCACUACAGCUUGAUUUUCGUUGGUUUUUAUAGUAAUGAGGGAGUUUCUUUUUCAGAGUUCUAUAGAAAUGUGAUUUGUCUCUUACUAUAUUUCAUUUUUGUGCUGCUUGUUCAAACUGAACUUAUAACCUGGGUGUCCAAACGGAGGGCUAAACGAGUUAGCCAUUCUAACUGGUAAUAUUUGGAGAUAUUGGCUAAUUUGAAUAAUUGGUAUAUAUUGGUUUUGUAAAAUUUUUGAGCUAGUUUGGUUUCGGUUGUUUAGGUUGAUUUAACGGCUCCUAACAAGCCAGUCAUUAGUCAUUAUUUAGUACUUAGCGCAACUAGUUUGGUCCAACCUAAUUGUCUCUCAGGCUUAUAAAAAAUAAAGCUAAUUAUUUCUAUUUUAUAUUUCUAUCAAUGUUGUAUAAUGUAUGUAGGCAAUAAAAGAUGGAUGUCUAAAACUUAAAAUUGAAGUUAUGUUUAGAUAACUGGCAAGUGAUUAAGUCGAUUUACACUGCUGUUAUACUUGUUUAUUUGUAUAAGUCAAACAAACCGUUCAAAUUUUAGGUUGGUCGAUUUUCGUAUUGUUAGUUGUGUGGUUUGGUUAUAAUACUCCUGUGCUUAGUUUAGGACGAAUUUUGUUGUGGUUAGGUGUUAAAUUCUGGAAGGUUUUUAUUUUAUUUUUUACUACUGAUAUCGAAAGGUCUAUUGUCUUCAGUCUAGGCUUAAGAAAUUGUGGAAAUUACACUAUUCGUGUUGCGCAUGAGCAAAGUAUUGUAGUGGUAGUAUGGAUCGUUUAUGUGCAUAGAAACUUAUAUGAUGGAUAUAGUGACUGGCCAUUUUUUUUUGUAACUAUUUGUGGUCAAUGUCAUGUAACUGUGUGAACUCGGAUCAUCUCAUCGACUUGUGAACAUCUAUUGAUUUAUUUGUUGCGUGGGUCCUUGGUCUAUUUGGGAAGAUCUGUAAGCUCAAAAUGGUAAGAGCGCUCCAUCCCCUUCGUGGGUAUGUGAGAGGUUGGUGGUUCAAAUCCACUCGGAUCUAUUUAGCUUGUACUGUACAUCAUCCCGAGUUUCUUCGUCUAUAGACAGACCUGGUCGGGCCGGUUUUUUCCCCCCUUCCUGCCAUGGCUGCUGCCCUUUUAUGCUUAUGGUCAGCUGUUCUUUUGUCAUUAUAG